CUUCAACGUUAUCUAUUUGUUAUAGUUUAUGUUGACAAACAUCCUUGUUAAUUAGAAUUUAGAACAACUUGACUGAGUUUAUAGUGUAAUGAUCACUAAACAGUAAACAUUAUUGGCCUUUUUCUUUGUAUUAAGGUGGUUUAUCAAACAAACCCCUUUUUCUUCUCAUAGCUAGUUUCUUCUAGUAAAAGAUGGAGCAUUUCUUCAAGCAUCUCAACCUUCCACAAAACAUCAACAUUCGGGUUAUUUUACUCGUGCCUGGUUUGGUGUUCCUCUCUGUGACUUCUCUUCACUUGUUGAGCUCCUACUCAUCUUCAUCACCAUGGCUAAUUUCUUACAUAAACAGCUUGAGUCUCGGAAAGAAAUGCGACAUGUUUCGCGGCGAGUGGAUUUAUCACCCGAAUAGGAUGCCUUUUUACACAAACUUCACCUGUCCUGAGAUCUAUGAUCAGCAAAAUUGUAUGAAGUUUGGGAGGCCUGAUUUGGACUUCUUGAAAUGGCGGUGGAAACCCGUGGGAUGCGAGCUGCCGCCGUUCGAUGCUGCUCAGUUCUUGGAGCUCGUCAAAGGGAAGUCUAUGGCCUUUGUUGGAGACUCCGUGGCCAGAAACCAAAUGCAGUCACUGUUGUGCCUCUUAGCCACAGUGGAAUAUCCUGCAGAUGUUUCCUACACAACAAGCUCAAAGUUCAAGCGCUGGCUCUACACAAACUACAACUUCACACUAGCAGCCUUUUGGUCACCUUUUCUGGUUAAAGCCACUGACACAAAACCAAAAAAUGGGCUCACCAAGUCCAACACUACUCGUCUGACGAAUCUUUACUUGAACGAGGCCGAUAUCAAUUGGACAUCCCAGAUUGGGGCCUUUGAUUAUGUGAUUAUCUCUGCUGGAAGAUGGUUUUUUGGACCAAAAAUGUACUAUGAGAAUGGUCACGUUGUUGGGUGUCAUUUUUGCAAGAGAAACGACACCAAAGAGCUCACCAUGUCUUAUGGCUACAAAAGGGCCUUCAAAACGGCGUUUGAGGCACUUUUGAGGCUUGAGAGUUUCAAGGGAGUGGUGAUUUUGAGGACAUUGUCACCUGCUCAUUUUGAGAAUGGUGAGUGGAAUGAGGGUGGGGAAUGCAAGAGAACCGAACCGGUUUCGAGGUCGGAAAUGAAGAUGAAUUGGGGUGAUUUGGAGUUGUAUUUGAGUCAGAUUGAGGUGAUGAGAGCAGUGGAGAGGGAAGGGAAGAAAAGGGGUGUGAAGUUUAGAUUGCUUGAUAUCACUAAAGCAAUGGAAGUUAGGCCUGAUGGCCAUCCAAACCAUUUUGGGCAUUGGCCACAUGAGAAUGUGACUAUUGCUGAUUGUGUUCAUUGGUGCUUGCCUGGCCCUAUUGACAGUUGGAAUGAGCUUUUGCUUCAUAUGUUGAAACAAGAUCAAUGACGAUAGAUUUUCAUUUCUAUUUUUAAUUUUUUUUUAAUUUUUUUUUUUUGUGUGGGACUAGUAGAGAAUUUUUUUAAUGGAAUAUUCAACAAACAGAAAGAGGCCAAAAGAUAUAAAACAAAAA